UUCUUCUUAUACUUUCGUCUUCUUCCUCUCUCUCUCUCUCAAACACACAUACACAUGGACUCUUUAAAAGCUUUCAGAUUCAACCAUUGGUGCUGAGGUUGAGCUACGCUACGCUAGUCUCAGUCACAAUCUUAUCAUGGUAUCACAGCAAGGUUAAUUAUUCUCGUCUCUUGUCAAUCUUUUCCUAAUCCUAUUUUCUCUUUUCUCUUUUUUGGUUUGUUGACCUAAUUUGAUUGAUUUGCUCCAAUUCGAUCAAUUCUUCUUAUGUCAGUAAUCUACUCCAUAGAACUCUAAAAGUUUUGGUUUUGAUUACUUUUCUCCUAUGAACAAUCAAUUAAUUUUACGUCCUAAUGGAUAUUACCUACCAACAAGAUAUGACUAAUGCUAGUACGAGUGUCGCCGUGCCUCCGACCACGGGAAUCUACCAAAGUGAUCCCCUAUAUAUGCAUUCAUUCGACAAUCCUGGUGCAAUGCUUGUAUCUGUUGCAUUCGAUGGGAUAAGGUAUAGAUCCUGCAGACGUAGUGUUCUUCGUGGCUAAUCCGUAAAGAAUAAAUUAGGUUUUGUGAAUGGUGAAUGCAAGAAGCUAAAUCUCCAACCACCAACCUAUCGGCAGUGGGGAUAAUGUGAUAACAUGGUCAGUUCAUGGAUUUUGAAUUCUCUUUCCAAAAAAUUGUGGAUAGUGUGGAAUAUGCGAGUGAUGUUGUUGAGUCGUGGAAGUAUCUGGAGGAUCGCUAUGAACAAACCAAUGGAGCUAAAUUAAUCAAUAAUCUCUCCUAACGAGCCCUUGACAUCACUAGCUAUUACACUUAGCUGAAAAAGCUAUGGGAAGAGCUGAAUACUCUGAACAAGAGGACUAAAUGUAGCUGCCUUUAUAAUUGUGGCGCAAAGGAAAUCAUGUACAAAGCUGAACAAGAUAGGAGGUUGAUACAAUUUCUUAUGGGACUCAAUGAAGUUUACACUAUAGUUUGAGGGAGUAUUCUUAUGAUGAAUCCACUUCCUAUGUUGGCUCAAGCCUUCUCCUUACUUAUCCAGAAUGAAAAGCAAAGAGAAAUAAAGAAAAAUAAUCAGUUGUUGAUUGAGUCCACCUUAUUGAAUGUGAAAAAUUCAGGACCAAGUCCUUUUAGAACAAAAUUCUCACCAAGUUACAAUUAUUCUUGGAGUAACAGAGGUCAUCCUAUCUGUGAUUUUAAUAAGAGGCCAGGCCAUACUAGGGAUAAGUGUUAUAAGCUACACGGUUAUCCACAAAAUGGAUAGAAUUCUAAUGAAAAUGCACGAUAUCCUCAAAAUGUCUAGAACUCUAAUCAAAACUUCAGACACAAUAGAGGGAAGAUGAUGGUAGCAAAUGUACAAGGGAUGUCAUUUGAUGCAAUGACAAGCAAGCUUGAAGAGUGUGAUGCCCAAGAUGAGAAUCAGAAUGUAAAUCUAACUAAGGAACAGUAUGUACAACUUCUUUAUCUACUUCAGCAUCUUCAACUUGGCAAUGAUGGAGAGAACUCAAACAACUCAAAUCCUACCAAUGUCGUAAACUUUGCAGGCCCCUUCUUUGAAGAGGCAUUGGAGAUUGGUAAAUUCAAGGAUGGAUUAUACCUACUGUGCUCUCAAUGUCUGAGAAACAAUUGUCUGGCUAACAACUCUAUUAUUUGUUCUUCUACUCAUUCAUGUUAUGUAAAUAGUCAUCUUCUGAAUAACAUGCAUUGUCAUCCAUCUCCAUCUGUAAAUAGGUCAUCGUUGAGUCAUUUGCAGAAUCAUCAAUGUUCAAUUGUAAAUAAUUCAUCCUGAACAAUAAGAGUCACUGUUCUGGUUUCAAUUACUGCAUGUUUCAAGUCAA